GCCUGCAGCAUCAAGGACCCACACACCCCAGCCAUGAGCUAUUCACUCCCUAUUCACUCAUUGGGCAGACUGUAUCGGCUCAUGAGGUCUGAUGCCAACAUGCUCAGGGACAGUUUCCAUCUACAAGCCACUAGAAGGACCACUUGCACUGACUCUCCGCACCUCAGCACCAAGGUUGGGGUGUAACGGAUUACAAAAAAAACUAACUGCAAUUCAUUACCAGCUAAAAUAUUGUAAUCAGAUUACAGAUAUUUUUGAAAAACUAGAAUAUUACUUCUAGGAUAACUUUUAAAUUCAGAAUUAUUUUGGGGACACCUUUCUGUUUUCUCAAUGACAUUCCAAUCAGUAUUUUUAAAAAGGCGCAUGUUUUAAGUUUGUUCUGCCUGAGCGAGUCUGACCACAAAUCAGAGACCACUAUGACGCACCAAAUGCAUUUGAUGGAUCACGGGAAAAGAGAAGGAAUAGGCUUUUGUAGGCUACAGUCCAAGCUUUGUAUUCCAAUGGUGCGACUGCUGUUGGCAUCCAAAGAUAAUCCUACUUGAAUAAACGUUUGGAGAUAAGGACUACAGCCUUGGUACGUAACCAACGGACGGACGAUACUGAUAUCUGUUAUUAUUGAUAUCUAGACUACAUAGCACAUUGAUGUGAAUCACACUGCUGCUCUCAUUUAUUUGCGCCUUACGGAUUGUGGUUGUUGUGGAUUGAUGUUCACAAAUGUAUGUGUAUUUUAACCCAAUAAUGGUUGAAUUGAAGAAGUUUAAGCUGCCUAUCAAUCAUUGUUUUUGCGACCAUGUGUAUAUUUAUUAGAGAAACCGUUUACAGUUUAAGAAUCACACGGAAGCAAGAAGAGCAAAACAAGAGUUUCUAUUGAACAAAUUCAGAGUUCAUUUCUUGGCCGGCUGAAACACUUUGUAGAGAUCAUUGACCCCAGCACACUCUUUGUGUCUGAGGCCAUUAUUCAUCCUGACACAGGAGAGAAGAUUUUCAUGCCUUUUCGAAUGUCAGGUUAUGUCCCAUUUGGAACACCAAUUGUUGUGGGCCUUCUUCUUCCAAAUCAGACUGUGGUAUCCACCAUUUUCUGGCAGUGGCUUAACCAGAGUCACAAUGCCUGUGUCAACUACUCAAACCGCAAUGCUACUAAGCCUACACCGUCAUCCACGUUUCUUCAAGGUUACUUCGGAGCUGUGACCAGUGCUGUCUCCCUUGCGGUAGGACUGAAUGUACUGAUUCAGAAAGCCAACAGGUUGAGUCCAGCAACCCGGAUGAUAAUACAGAGACUCAUCCCUUUCCCAGCUGUGGCCAGUGCCAACAUUUGCAACGUGGGCCUCAUGAGGCACAAUGAGCUGUCGGAGGGCGUCGACGUGCUGGACGAAAAUGGGAACAUAUUGGGCUCCUCAAAGAUUGCUGCCAAACAUGCAAUUAUGGAGACGGCCUUUACCAGAGUGGUCCUCCCGAUGCCAAUCUUUGUCCUUCCUCCCAUCAUUAUGUCCUACCUAGAAAAACUUCCAUUGCUGCAGACGAAUCGGAGGCUGUUGCUGCCCAUCCACAGCCUGGUGUGUCUGGCUACCUUCAGCCUCUCCCUGCCCCUGGCCAUCAGCCUAUUCCCACAGAUGUCUCAGAUAGAGGUGUCUCAGCUUGAGCCGGAGAUUGCAAUGGCAACCGAUUGCAAGGUGGUGACCUACAACAAGGGACUGUGAUGACUGGCCCCCGAGGAGAGAGUAGAGGACAGGGCACUGAACAGCGGUGCAAAUUAGCCUCCUUUUUGACUGGCUGUAACUGACACUCCAGGUCUCUCUCUGGUGUAGGGUGAAGUUGCCCCUAGACGCUGAUCUUGGCUCAGUUUUGUAUUUUCCCACUAAUGGAUUGGGGAAGGGAAGCUUAUCCCAGAUCUGAACCUAGGAGAAACUUCACCCUGGAUCUCUGUCUCCCAUAGCCUAACAUGGUAACAGCUCCAGGCACUUUUUGCUGCAUUAAAAUAGUGUAGCAUAGAUAAUGUACUGUCUUAAUCAAUGGUUUUAAUACAACACAUUCCAUGGAUUGUGAAAAUUAUGCAAAUCAGUAAGGAUUGAGGGAGGUUAACAGAACAAUAUCGUAGUAAUAUGUUAUGAUGAAACUUUAUAAUGUUAUGCCCAUACCAGCUAUUUCGCAAUUGGUCAUGCUGAUCAACCCAAUUGUUUACAUUUUUAUGAGAUGUUUUUAUUGUUGACCCAAAGUUGUUUUUUUCUAAAGUAAAAAAUAAAAUCUAAAAUAGUUUUACAAUCACAUCAAUCAGUGUUGAGUGAUAGAUCCAGAUAGACUGUUACAUACCCCUUGACUUAUUCCACAUUGUCUUGUUACAGCCUGAAUUAAAAAUGGAUUAGAUAGAUUUGUUUUCUCUCACCCAUCUACACACAAUACCCCAUAAUGACAAAGUGAAAACAUGUUUUUAGAAAUGUUUGCAACUUUAUUGGGAAUUAAAUACAGAAAUAUAUAUAUUCACACCCCUGAGUCACUCACAUGUUAGAAUCACCUUUGGCAGUGAUUACAGCUGUAAGUCUCUAAGAGCUUUGCACACCUGGAUUGUACAAUAUUUACACAUUCUUUUUUUUUUAUUCUUCAAGCUCUGUCAAGUUGGUUGUUGAUCAUUGCUAAACAUCCAUUUAAGUCUAGCCAUACAUUUUCAAGCCUAAUUAAGUCAACUGGAAGUAGGCCACUCAGGAACAUUCAAUGUUGUCUUGGUAAGCAACUCCAGUGUAUAUUUGGCCUUGUGUUUUAGGUUAUUGUCCUGCUAAAAGGUUGUUGAUCCAUCCUCCGUUUUCUCCUAUCACAGCCAUUAAACUCUGUAACUGUUUUCAAGUCACCAUUGGCCGGCGUCAUGGGGUAAUCCCUGAGCGAUUUCCUUCCUCUCCGGCAACUGAGUUAGGAAGGACGCCUGUAUCUUUGUAGUAACUGGGUGUAUUGAUACACCAUCCAAAGUGUAAUUAUUAAGUUCACCAUGCUCAAAGGGAUUUUUUUAUUUAUUUUUUAUUUUAUUUAUUUUACCGUUAUUUUACCAGGUAAGUUGACUGAGAACACAUUCUCAUUUGCAGCAACGACCUGGGGAGUAGUUACAGGGGAGAGGAGGGGGAUGAAUGAGCCAAUUGUAAACUGGGGAUUAUUAGGUGACCAUGAUGGUUUGAGGGCCAGAUUGGGAAUUUAGCCAGGACACCGGGGUUAACACCCCUACUCUUACGAUAAGUGCCAUGGGAUCUUUAAUGACCUCAGAGAGUCAGGACACCCGUUUAACGUCCCAUCCGAAAGACGGCACCCUACACAGGGCAGUGUCCCCAAUCACUGCCCUGGGGCAUUGGGAUAUUUUUUUUAGACCAGAGGAAAGAGUGCCUCCUACUGGCCCUCCAACACCACUUCCAGCAGCAUCUGGUCUCCCAUCCAGGGACUGACCUAUAUUCAAUGUUUGUUUUUUUUGUUUGUUUGUUUUAUCUACCAAUAGGUGCCCUUAUUUUGAGGCAUUGGAAAACCUCCCUGGUGUUUGAAUCUGUAUUUGAAAUUCACUGCUCGGCUAAAGGGACCUUACAAUUAUCUGUAUGUGUGGGGUACAGAGAGGAGGUAGUCAUUCAAAAAUCAUGUUAAACACUAUUCUUGCACACAGAGUGAGUCAAUGCAACUUUAUUAUGUAACUUGUUUUGCAAAUAUUUUCUCCUGAACUUAUUUAGGCUUGCCAUAACAAAGGGGUUGAAUACUUAUUGACUCAAGACAUUUCAGCUUUUCAUUUUUAAUGAAUUUGCUUUUAAAAAUCUAAAAACAUUCCACAUUGACGUUAUGGGUUAUUGUGUGUAGGCCAGUGACACAAAAUGUGGAAAAAGUCAAGGGGUGUGAAUACUUUCUGAAGUCACUGUAUAUCAAAAGAUGGCCAUCCUGUAAUCAUCUUCAUUCUACUGUUCUAUUUCAUUCAAAAUAUAUUGUCUGUAAACAUAAUCUCAAUUUAAUCCAUUUUAAAUUCAGGCUGUGACAUAACAAAAUGUUGGAAAUAGUCUAGGGGUGUGAAUACUUUAUGAAAGCAUUGUGUAAUGUGAAAGAGCAAGCUAGGCUACUCUGUAGGCUACUUGAGUCUGAUGUAAAGAGUACAAAGAGGGCCCUGUCCAGCAACGGCCCCUAGCCUCUACACCCUGUACCACAAGCUAUGGUUGAAUCCCAGUUCUCCACCCUCCUCCCGAAGUGUGCACCAUCAUGGAUUUAAAAGCAUUGGAUUGGUGUAAGUGUUGGCUGGAGUAAGAUUCCACCACUAUGAUGGGGAAUGUGCAAGUGCACACUUGGGGAGAAGGGUUGAGAAUCGGGAUGCAGCCUAGGUAUGUUUCUUGACUAGGGCCAUUCUAGGACAUUCUAGAGGAAGUCGGUUUGUGGACCAUGGUUGCUAAAAAAUAAAGAUUUCUAUUCUACGUUUUUAGAUUUUUGUACAUUCCUUUCCCGAUGAUAAUUGAAUGAGAAAGGGUACAAUACAGUAUUGACUGUUUGAAGAAGUUAAAUAACUGGGGCACAGUUAUAUUGCACAGUAAAAUGUUUUUGUGUGUAUAUAACAUUAUUACCAGAAUAUAUUGUACUAACCAAUGUGCUAUCCAUUACCUCCUGUACAUAUUUAAAACUGGAAUACUUAGUUGCUACAUCCAUUUUUGGACUUAACUUAAUUAUAUAUAUCCAUUAAUUCUUGAAGAAUAUAACUUAUAAAUGCCUCAUUAGUUUAGUUCAACUGUACCCCAUCAGAACCCAAAAUAUAAGAUUGUUUUACUCCAAUGUUUGUAAACAAUGUAAAUGUAAACAAAUACUGUGUAGCCUCAACAUGAUUAAAACUAUAAUUGUUAUAUCA